GCCUGUCUAUCUCUAUCUAUCUAUCUAUCUAUCUAUCUAUCUAUCUAUCUAUCUAUCUAUCUAUCUAUCUAUCUAUCUAUCUGUUCAUCUGUCUUUUAGUCUUUCUUUGCAUCCAUCUGUCGGUCGUCUGUAUGCCUCUCCCUCUAUCUCUUUGUCUGUCUGUCUAUACAUCUGUCUUACUCUCCUUCAGUCUUUUUAUUAAUGUGUCUGUCUGUUUGGAUUUUGGGUUAAUUUGUUGUCUUAGACUUUGCUUUGCUUUGUUUGUCCUAAUUUAAUUAGUUAAUUAAAGUUAAGUGUGUGUGUGUGUGUGUGUGUGUGUGUGUGUGUGUGUGCGUGUGUGUGUGAUAUCAAUGUCUUCAUGCAUCCUGACGCUGGUGAAAAUGAUCCUCAUGCCGAUUCACAACCUUUAAUUGCAAUGAAACCACAACAGAAGCAAUCGAUGAGAGCCGGCUAACUAUAUCAGAUGGUGAGAAUGAGAGCUUUCUCUUUCAGUCUUUUCCUCCGGGACGUGACAGAUGAGCCAGAGGAGGCCGGAGUGGCUGAUUGAUCGUGGGAAGUCUUGUGCAUUCAUCUCUGUCGCUGCCGUUCGGCCGAUGGCCGCCUCUAAACCGCACUCUCUCUCUCCAGUGCUGGGCUAAGAGGUCUUCUGGCAAAUCUAAACACUGUUUGAAACAUCACUGAGAUCUCUUCUGAACCUAGGGGCUUUUCAGCAGAAAAACAUCUAAGAAGAAAAUUCCCCAUUUGCUCUUACUUUUAUCUCUUACUUUUAUCUCUUGAGAUGGCAAAGAGUUUUGUGGCUGUGAUUUAACUAUAUGUUACAUACUAAACUCUAAGAAAUGGUGGGUUUUUUUCAACCCAUGUCCUGGGUUUAACCUGCUGGGUAAGGACGCUGACAAAGCAAAAGACAUUCACUGAUCAGAGCGAGAGCGUCGCGAAAUGUCACAAAAGAAGUGUGCUUUUGGUUGCCAGGGCAAGACAACCCUGCACAGAUUACCAAAAAAAACAAAAAAAAAACAGCAUUAAGGGACCAGUGGAUGGAGUUUAUUUUUACAGAGCAUCAACGGAGUUGUGCAAGUGUUUUUGUUUGUUCCCUGCAUUUCGAAGAUGCUUGUUUUACAAACAAGGCCCAGUUUGACGCCAGAUUUGCGUAUUGUUUAUUUCUUAAGGAUAAUGCAGUCCCAACGAAAAAGGGUCACGAUCGUGUGUUGGAACCGCAGGCGGUGAGUAAAACUGCUUCAAAUAUCUCUGUGUUGUUAACUUAGCUAUCAGCGCGUAAGAACAUCAAGUAAACCUUGUACACCUUUAAAGAAAAAAAAAAAGACGACAUAAAGUGGAACUUAGUCAUUUUCCAAAACCGCUAAGCAAAUAUAUACAGUUUCAGUACAUACCACAUAGAGACGUCGUUGCUGAUGCUGCUCUUGUCCAAUUUCAGCUUCUGGAUCUGAUUCUGGAUCAUAAAUAUACGCAGAAUCUGACUGUUAGCCAUGGUUUGUUUUGGAUGAUGGUUUUUUCCUCACGGUAAUGUCACAACUUCCAAACUCUCUCAAUGCAAAAGCUUACCCGCUCAGCUCUCGUGAUUCUUUAGCUCCGCCCACACCUCACGCCUCUAGGCGCUCGUGUUUUUCCGAAAAAAAUCGGCACAGACUAUUUUUCUCUUAUAAAUAUAAUAAAACUAAAGACUUUUUGGAGAAAUGAAGGAUGCAGUACUACUCUAUAGGUACUCAAGAUUAACGGGAUAUUGAGUGAAAACGAGCAUUUCACCCCCCAUUUAAGUCUUAAGUGAAUGUAAGCAGUAGGGAGAACUGUAUCAGUACAUUGCAUCCAUUGCAGCUGAGCAUUCGUUGUUAAAGGGACAGCAGUCUGAUUUAGUUGCUAUUGUCCUAGUCACUGAUUUUAACCAAGAAACAAAAGAAAGACAGAAAAUCACACUGCUCUUGACAGAAAAACUUGUAGCUCUAAAGAUUUACCAAAAUUUAUUUAUAAAAAUAAAUGUUUUGGUUGGAAGAAUGAGGAAUAUGGCAAACAAGUUGAUAUAAAGAAUGUAUAAUUAGCCUGUAUAACCAAUGGUGUUUCAUUAAAAAGAAGACCAUGUUCUUGUUCUUUAUGAAAAGUGGUUUUAUUUAUUUUUAACAUUUAACAUUUUUAUUAAUUUAUUCAUUUUUUGUUCAGUAUUUGUGAAGAAAGUGGGUUUGACUUAUAACAGGCCUAUGUCCUGCUCCAACUUCCUGUUUCAAAGGGGAAGUACUGUAUGUCAACACAGAGAAGAAAUGCUCUUCAUUUGAUGUAAUAAUUUCCUUUUUUUUUCUUUCUGGUAGGUCUUAUCCUCUUGCUCUUCUUCAGCCCCAAACCUGUCAAACGUAAAUUAAUGGCAUACUGACAAUGAGGUAGAAAUGAGGAAUGACUCCCUUGAAGAGCAAAUUGAAAUGGAGCUGCACCUGAAGGAAGAAGUGAUAGCUCAGUUCAAGAGGACAGAACGUGUUGUGCACUGAAUUUUAUUAAAAUACCUUCAUAAUUAGUCUCUCCACACUUCAAACUCAAGACAAGCAUGAAGUAAUAAUGAAAAAGAAAAGAAGUGCUCGGGUCAGUGAUGCUCAGACAGACAGUGGAGCACUCGGAGGCUUCGUCGCAGUGUGCAGCGUUCAUUCCUGACGCGUCUGUCUACAUCUGAACCCACCUCAGGACCGGACAAGCGGGACUACAGAACUUGCGUCCGACGACUUUAUCUGAAAUGGAUGCGCGUGCCGUGCUGCAUUAAUGAAGAGGGGGACAUUUUAGUGAUGCCAACAUCCAGAGAGCAUCCGUGUUGUCGUUUCAAGCGCGCGUGGUGAAGUUGGAUUGCGGAUCGCUCAUUGUAUCGAGCUUGAAACAGAAUCCGAUGUGUUCGGAUGUGAAGACAUUCUCUUUACAUCGAGCGAUGCGUUUCUGUUGUCUCUGACACUGUAUGGGGAUGCAUGUAAAUAAAUCAUCACUGACUGUUUCUAUGCACAUUUAGCUAAUUAGACUGCAGGAGACGGGGAUGAAUUGAUGAUACUCGCGUUUGCAACUACGGACUUAUUUUUCUGAAGAUCCUAUGAAGAAUAAGAGAUCAAAUAUCGUCAGAAACCAUCUCGGUUUUUUGGAAUAGAGUUCUUCUUGUUCUUUUAUUUCGCUAAUUUGAAUAGCCAAACUGUGCUUCGUGUGGACAUAUGUAACUUAACAUGUUUUAUUCAAGUCAGUGUUUGGUAAGAUUGAAUAAUUCUCAGUUCUGAAUUCUGAAUAGGUCAUAUUAAGGGUUAGAACAAUUCAGAAACUUGCUAAAACGCUGGAGGAGCGUCAAGAAGAUGUUGCAUGAAUUGUUGUAACUGCUUUCUGGUGUCUAGGCUACAUCAUGUCAUUAGGUCCAUGCACCUCCUAAUCAGAAUCAGCUGACCAUCUUAAGGGCGUGAAGUUCUUUCAGUCUUCUAAAUAUCAGCUUCUACUUAAUUCAAAAAGCCUUUCAAUUUAAAGAAGCAUGGAUAUUAAAACCGAGUCUGAAGAUAACCUGGACUGUGAUCGGCCCGUGUCGAUUGAAGUGUUCGCCAGCAGGUCCACGCUCCAUGGCAUCUCACACAUGUUCAGUUAUGAGCGCCAGUGCAUCAAGCGAUGCCUCUGGAUCAUGUUUUUCCUGGGCUCGUUCUCGUUCUUGGUGCUCGUUUGCGUGGACCGCAUCAAGUUUUACUUUCAGUACCCCCAUGUCACCAGCCUGGACGAGGUCACCGCGCCGAUGAUGGCGUUUCCGGCCAUCACCUUCUGCAACCUGAACGCUUUCCGCUUCAGCCGCGUGACACGCAACGACCUGUACCACGCGGGAGAGCUGCUCGCGCUGUUAAACGGCAGGUAUGAGAUCCGGGACACACACUUGGUAGAGGAGAGCGUUAUGAUGGUCCUGAAGGAGAAGGCGGACUUCUCCUCCUUCAAGCCCCGUCCCUUCAACAUGCGCGAGUUCUACGACCGAACAGGCCACGACAUCAAGGAGAUGCUGCUGUCCUGCUACUUCAGAGGCGCCGAAUGCAGCCCCGAAGACUUCUCAGUGAUCUUCACACGCUAUGGAAAGUGCUACACCUUCAACUCUGGGCAGGAUGGCCGGCCGCUGCUGAUCACCAUGAAGGGAGGGAUGGGAAAUGGGCUGGAGCUGAUGCUGGAUAUCCAGCAGGACGAGUAUCUGCCCGUGUGGGGCGAGACUGAUGAGACGUCUUUCGAGGCGGGAAUCAAAGUCCAGAUCCACACGCAGGAUGAACCUCCUUUCAUCGAUCAGCUGGGAUUCGGAGUGGCUCCAGGCUUCCAGACGUUCGUCUCCUGCCAAGAACAGCGGCUGACGUAUCUCCCUCCUCCAUGGGGCGACUGUAAGGCAACCCCCAUAGACUCUGAUUUCUUCAGCACAUACAGUAUCACGGCCUGCCGCAUCGACUGCGAGACCAGAUAUCUGGUGGAGAACUGCAACUGCCGCAUGGUGCACAUGCCCGGAGAUGCUCCAUAUUGCACUCCGGAGCAGUAUAAGGAAUGUGCAGAUCCGGCUCUAGAUUUCCUGGUGGAAAGAGACAAUGACUACUGCGUUUGCGACACGCCCUGCAACAUGACGCGCUACGGCAAAGAGCUGUCCUUCGUCAAGAUCCCCAGCAAAGCCUCCGCUAAAUACCUGGCAAAGAAGUUCAACAAGACCGAGCAGUACAUUGCAGAAAACAUCCUGGUGCUGGACAUCUUCUUCGAGGCCCUGAACUACGAGACCAUAGAGCAGAAGAAAGCCUACGAGAUAGCUGGACUCCUAGGUGACAUUGGCGGACAGAUGGGGCUGUUCAUCGGGGCCAGUAUCUUAACCAUCCUGGAGCUCUUUGACUACUUGUACGAGGUGAUCAAGUACAAACUGUGUCACUGCGCCAAGAAGAAACACCAGCGCAGCAACAACAACGAACGAGGAGCCGUUCUCAGCCUGGACGAUGUGAAGCGUCACGCUCCCUGUGAAAACCUCCGUACCCCAUCGACCUAUCCUGCCAACAUGCUACCUCACCAUCCCGGCCAGGGCAACUUUGAAGACUUCACCUGUUGAGCGUAAAGCAAGAGCAGCCCGUCUGACAGAGAACAACCAAAGCUGACCACAUCAGUACGGACCCCAUUCAUAACCGGACAUUACCGAACAACCUUCUGGAUCUGCCACACACCGGAAAACCACCAUAUCCUGAGAUAUAUCCAGACGUCGGAGGAAUGGUAUUGACACGUUCCAUGGGAAAACUUUUGAUGUUUUAUCGAAUAUUUCAAGGAAAUACUGCCUCAAAAACGAAAUUCCUUGAAGCCUUGGAAAUUACGUGACUUGGACAUCGAAUAGCUUUCCGCAGCUGGACCCUGAUGCCUUUUAUGUACAUAGUGAUGGCUUUAAACUGUCUUAAGAUCAGUGGCUUACGUAGGUCAGUAGAUUAAUAUAGCGCUUAUUCAUUGUAUGUAGCCUCAUUCGUCCCAUCCGUUUGAUCUAUUCAGCCUCAGUGUAUAUCACGUGAAUGUAACUUCCCGGACAAAGGUGACCAUUACAAGCAUCAAAGGGGGUUUCAGGGCGCUGGAGGGUUCACGUCCCAUCAUAUGGCAUUGUGUUACAGGUCUCAUCUUGUAAAUGCAUGCUGGUUGUUCUGUGCAUGUUUUUAGUUUAGUUUUUAGAUUUCAUUAUUAAUCUCGCCAAGUUUGCCUCAAUUAUAUACUAGUGUUGGGAGAUGGUGUAAAGUUAGUUUUUUGUCUGUAUAAGCGUGCGUGCACAGGUAUUGCUGUUCUUUUGGGGAUGAAGUUUCUUAGUGACUACAGAAGAACAAGAAGCUGACAAAAGCACCUUGUGAGAACCUGUUUACAAGGAUUCAAACUGAAACUAAACCAUGUAUAAAUUCAUAUCUAAAAAUGCCAAAAAGAUUUAGGAUUAGUCUUGUAUAAUUAGCAUACCCGACAAACCAUUAAUGUGAAUGGGAAGUUGCAUUAGAUUGCACAUCAAAAAUGCUGCAGGGUUGUUUUGGAGUUUUUAUUGGAUCUAGGAGAUCUGUUUUUCAUUUAUAACACUACUGCAACUUUUUGUUAAACGUUUUGUCACUUUAUUUGAUAUUUUGUGACAUUCAUGGCCUGUUUACACCUGGUCACUAAAUUUUCUUGAAAAGACUAGGAGUAAUUGCCCUCUGAAACGCUUUCAAGAUGGAUUUAAAUCUGAUUGCUCAAACCACAGGAGGUGGUUUGGGCCACAUUCCAGACAAGGCUAAACAAGAGUAAAUGCAUCUGGUUUUUAAAACCACUUAGUGUUGCCCACAGUACCAACCACGAUAUCAGUGGUAAAUUUAAAAACCGUCCAUUUCCCACUAACAUUUGAGCACUGUUGAGCGGAUUCUUAAACACAUCUGAUUGGUCGUUGUGUUCAUGCACUAUAAGCUGUGUGCGUUGGUACUUUUAAUAUGAAACAAAGUCUCAGAUUUCAAAUUCUCUCUAUUGUAUUAUAGUAUUCAAACAAUAAUUUCCGUUUUGGUGACCAUAAACAUAUUAAUCAGAGAGAAAAAUAAACUGUAGAGAGGAGCAUUUUUUUCUAAAUAUAUGCACCAAAUAACACCUUCAUUAUAAAUUUUACUGUUCUUCGAUGUUUAAUUUAUGUGUGAAUAAAUCCAUCAAAUUUGAAUGACAUCCACCACUAUGUUUAGGCUUUAUUAAAAAAAAAAAAAUUUGAAGUAGAAAUAUUAUUUUAAUCUAUUUUUAAAAAGUUUCAUUUUAACAAAUCAGUCAAUUUUAACUUUCGACAUUGUAGUAAUAUAGUACAAACUGACUUGUCUUUCCUUGAGAACAUUUGGCAUGUACUGUACCUUAUAAUAUAUUCAAAAGAAUCAAUAUCGAAUUGGUAAUCGAAUCAAAUCGAAAGCUCUGUGAAUGAGAAUUGAAUCAAAUCAUGAAAUUAGUAUCAAAACCCAGCCCUAGCUAACAUGUGAAUACAUGAUUGUUUAUGUGUGCAUGAAAGUGUGACUGGACAUGAAUGUGUGUGAUGUGUUUUUCAUCAGUUGCAUGGUGUUGCUGGUCUGUUUCUGAACGAGAGUGUUUCCAGGAUCAGGAAUGCAACAAACCAAAGAGUUUGUAUUACUGGGUGGACCAGGCCGAACACCCGUACAGCACACCAGUCAUAACUGCAAACUGUUGUAGUUGUACGUACUUAUGUGUGUUUGUUUGUGUGAGACACUUAUUCUUCUGUCUUUAUUUCCAUUCUGUCAAAGAAAACUGAACUGUGCAUUUAACGGCUUACUGUUUAUUUGAAUUCUGUACUUGCCGAGAUGUAUCCGUUAAUUACGCGAACUUCAUAUCAAAGCACAAACAAGAACACCGAUAUGUAAAGGUCAUGUUAAAGAAUGAUAAAAUAUUCUUAUCAGUGUUAUCAUAAUAAUCAACAGAUUCAUUAGUACUCUUUGAUCCUUUGUUUUUUUUUUUACUACAAUCAUUGCCUGAUAGUGCAGUCAGCAGAUAAUAGGCUGUUCUAUUUAUCUAUGAAGGUAUAAUAAAUAUCGUUCAUAAUUUUACAAA